AUGGAGAACAUAUCACUUCUUGAUUUACCUGUCGAACUUCUACAUAAAAUAUUUUAUUAUGUUAAUGCUUCGACAACAUUUCGUUCAUUACGUUAUGUUUGUAAACAAUUUUAUGUAAUGACUAAUACAGUUAGCGUAUUCAGACUCAACAGUGAUUCCAUCAAAGAAUCUGACUAUCGUUUUAUUUCUCGUAUUAUUCAACCCGAUAUGAUUAGGUCACUUAUUCUAUUUGGAGGCUAUUCAGAUCGUAGUCAAAUCGAAUAUUUUCUCUCACAUUUUAAAAUAGAUCAAUUUACUCAACUACAUUCAUUAUUAAUUCAUGACAUAUUCGAUAGUGAAUUGAAGAAAAUCUUAGAGCACAUUGCCAGUCUCCCUUUGGAAACACUUUCAAUCGGUUCAAGAAGGCGUUCAUGGGAUUAUAUCAAGAUGCUUUCAUUAAUUCUACCAGCAAUCGCUAAAUUGAAUCUUCGAAAACUCUUCUUAAAAGAAUUUGAUUUUAAUAUAAGUUUGACAUCAUGGUCAAUUAUUCAAUGUCCAAUCAAGCAUCUAACUAUCGAUGAAUGUAAGAAUGUCAAUUACCGUAUUAUUCUUAGUCAUUUGCCUCAUCUAAAAAUAUUUAUUAUGCGUCAUUGUAUCAACAACGAUGAUGAUAAUAAUCAACAAACGUCAUUUUCAGACCAUCAUACGUCAGAAAAGCCUUCAGGUAAAAAAGCUCGUUCGAUUGUAGUUAAAUAA